GCCGCCGCCGGCGCCACCGCCCACUUGGGGCUGGCCAGAGGCAGGCAGCCGGGGUGCAGAGUUGGGUAGGGCAGGGCGAGCGCACGGCCAUGGCCCCGUGGCUGCAGCUCUGCUCCGUCUUCUUCACGGUCAACGCCUGCCUCAACGGCUCGAAGCUGGCCGUAGCGGCAGGCGGCUCCAGCAGAGCGCGGGGCGCCGACACCUGCGGCUGGAGGGGAGUGGGGCCGGCCAGCAGAAACAGCGGGCUGCACAACAUCACCUUCCGAUAUGACAAUUGCACCACUUACUUGAAUCCGGUGGGGAAGCACGUAAUUGCUGACGCCCAGAACAUCACCAUCAGUCAGUACGCUUGCCAUGACCAAGUGGCAGUCACCAUUCUUUGGUCCCCGGGGGCUCUUGGCAUCGAAUUCCUAAAAGGAUUUCGAGUAAUACUGGAGGAGCUAAAGUCGGAGGGAAGACGGUGCCAACAACUGAUUCUAAAGGACCCAAAGCAGCUCAACAGUAGCUUCAAAAGAACCGGAAUGGAAUCUCAACCUUUCCUGAAUAUGAAAUUUGAAACGGAUUACUUUGUGAAGAUCGUCCCUUUUCCUUCCAUUAAAAAUGAAAGCAAUUAUCACCCUUUCUUCUUUAGAACCCGUGCCUGCGACCUGUUGCUGCAGCCGGACAACCUGGCCUGUAAGCCGUUCUGGAAGCCUCGGAACCUGAACAUCACUCAGCACGGUUUGGACAUGCAGGUGUCCUUUGAUCCCGCGCCACACACCUUUGGCUUCCGUUUCUUCUAUCUUCACUAUAAGCUCAAGCAUGAAGGGCCUUUCAGGAGAAAGACCUGUAAACAGGAGCAAAAUACAGAGACAACCAGCUGCCUCCUUCAAAACGUUUCUCCUGGGGAUUAUAUAAUUGAGCUGGUGGAUGAUACUAAUACAACAAGGAAAGUGAUGCAUUAUGCCUUAAAGCCAGCACACUCCCCAUGGGCUGGGCCCAUCAGGGCUGUUGCCAUCACUGUGCCUUUGGUUGUCAUCUCGGCAUUUGCGACCCUCUUCACCGUGAUGUGCCGCAAGAAACAACAAGAAAAUAUAUAUUCACAUUUAGAUGAAGAGAGUUCUGAGUCGUCCUCGUACACCACGGUGCUCCCCAGGGAGAGGCUCCGGCCACGGCCCAAGGUCUUCCUCUGCUAUUCCAGCAAAGAUGGCCAGAACCACAUGAACGUUGUCCGGUGUUUUGCCUACUUCCUCCAGGACUUCUGUGGCUGUGAGGUGGCUCUGGACCUGUGGGAGGACUUCAGCCUCUGCCGAGAAGGGCAGAGAGAAUGGGUCAUCCAGAAGAUCCACGAGUCCCAGUUCAUCAUCGUGGUGUGUUCCAAAGGCAUGAAGUACUUCGUGGACAAGAAGAACUACAAGCACAAAGGCAGCGGCCGCGGCUCGGGGAAAGGCGAGCUCUUCCUGGUGGCGGUGGCAGCCAUCGCGGAGAAGCUCCGCCAGGCCAAGCAGAGCUCCUCCGCCCAGCUCAGCAAGUUCAUCGCCGUGUACUUCGAUUAUUCCUGCGAGGGCGAUGUUCCCGGCGUCCUGGACCUGAGCACCAAGUACAAGCUCAUGGACAACCUUCCCCAGCUCUGUUCCCACCUGCACUCCAGAGACCAGGGCCUCCUGGAGCCUGGGCAGUACCUGGGACAGGUGAGCAGAAGGAACUACUUUCGCAGCAAGUCAGGCCGGUCCCUUUACGUCGCCAUUUGCAAUAUGCACCAGUUUAUCGACGAGGAGCCCGACUGGUUUGAGAAGCAGUUCGUCCCUCUCCGGCCUCCCCCACUUCACUCCCGAGAGCCGGUGCUGGAGAAGUUUGACUCGGGCUUGGUGUUAAAUGAUGUCAUGUGCAAACCAGAGCCCGACGGUGAUUUCUGCCUCAAGGCGGAGGCUGCGGUCGCCGGGGCACUGGCCAACUCACCCUCGGAGGGCCUGCACUUGGGCCUGGACCAAGACGCAGAGGCUGGGCCCGGGCCAAGGGGCAGCUCGGUCCUGCGGCCCCUGCUGCACGCCGGGAAAGCCUCCAGCCCCUCGGACAUGCCUCGGGACUCGGGCAUCUACGACUCAUCGGUGCCCUCCUCCGAGCUGUCCCUACCCCUAAUGGAAGGACUCUCGGCAGAUCAGACAGAAACAUCUUCGCUGACAGAGAGCGUGUCGUCCUCCUCCGGCCUGGGUGAGGAGGACCCUCCUACCUUUCCUUCCAAGCUCCUCGCCUCCGGGACGUGCAAAGCAGACCCUGGUUGUUGCAGCUACACUGGUGAACUCCACGUGGUCGCCCCUUUGUAACGAAAUGGAAGUAGAGUCUAAGCAUUGCCACUUUAGCUGCUGCCUCUCUCUGGUCCCCCAGCUCUUCUCUCUGGUUGCGCAGUCCACUUGGAGCUGAGGUCUCCGACAAGGAUAUUUGGAGUGAAAUUUGGGCCAGUACUUGCUCUCCAUGCCCCAUCCCUCUACCUGGUAUCUUGGCCAAGUCUCCAAUUUUCUCAAACCAUAUGGGUAUCUCUGAAAGUCAUAUCCAUAAGGCCCGACAGCAGCUUGUCCCAUUAGGUCAGACCUUGGAUUAGAGUCGGUUCUGGGAGGUAAGGAGGAAACAGGCACAGAGAUGCAGGAACAUACCUGCACUGAUCACUCAGAUUUUGUUUCUCUCUGCAAACUUUGCCUGUUUGCCGUUGGCUACUUUGAACUGAAAUGCUUUGUGGGAGAAGCACUCUUCGUAUCAUUCUAGCCACAGAAAUCAAGUGCCAGUCUUUCUGGGAACCAUGUUGUUACAGAUGAUGGUUUUAGUGUAGAAUUUGCAGUGCUGUGGGUGUCCAAAAGAGCUCCGAGUCAAAGGUCAGAAAGGUAACCGAGUCUACUAUCCCCUUUCGUAAAAUGAGUCUUUAUGUAUUAGUGGGUGCAUGGCUGGCUGAGGUGGAGGCUGUGCGGUCAGGCUGAACAUUCCAACAGUAUUUCCUGACCUGGGUUGGUCAUUGUGCAGAAAGCAUCAAAACUCAGGGAACAGGACCACCUGUUGGUGUAAGGAGGCAUCAUGGGGGGGGGGGCAGAUCUGCCUGCCAGGUUUCCCUGGGUUCUGUUAGCUGUGCAGUAUCUCAGAUGUUGCUGCCUGGAAGUUUAUUUUUAAAAGACAAAUACCCAACUGGGCUGUCUUACUGGAAGCUGGAGUUCAUGCUUCAGUGGACUUCUGUUCUAAAGCUGUGUCUGGAAUAUUAGGGAUCAGGAUCGACUGAAAUAUGGCUGUGCAUACAGGUUGCGGCCACUCACCUUGCCGAGCCGGUUUUGACUAAUGAUAAAGUCUCAUUUUAAGGAGGUGUGAAGAAGGGAGCGGUCAGGAAGAUGAGUGUGCUCUGCUAAUAGCAUCUGAAGAAGACAGGAGACCUGAAAUCAUUGAAUUCUUGAAUCUUAAAGUAAUCCCCAACCUCCCCACUCCCCUCAACAACCAGCCUGUGAAUCAUGUGUCACUGUGUGUUUCUGUUCUACUUACCAGACGAAAGAUUUGUCUCUUGUGCUCUCUUCUACCAAAAGAGCUAUUUAGAGCUUAGGGGGAAAGAAUUUGCUUUAAAAAGGAAAAGUAAAUGUUCUGUUUCUAUGAAUGAUGUUUCUACAGAAUUUGUUUCCAAAAGAGAAAACAGGUGUUCAAAUCCUGUUUGUGUAUUAGGUAUGUGCGUCAUGAUGACUUGGUCUUCCCUGUGGAAACUCCUUUCCCCUUGAGGGGUUGUGAGCAUCUUUCUCCACCUUUUUCGUGGGUGCUGUUGAAUUUGGGCACCCUGCUUUUACUCAGCACUCACAUAGGGGAUCCUGGGUUUCGCUCCUUUAGCAGAUAGGAUCCAUAUUACGGGAGAUACUGAGGAACAGCUCAAGGAGGGGUAGGAGAUGGAACGGAGCAUGACUUUUCCAUCCAAGCACAUGCUUGGCAGAUGGGGAAGGAAAGGUUUGCAGUCUUGCUGGAAAGAAGAGGUUUGUGUGUAUUUUUGAUGCAAAUGCCGCACUGCAUAUUCUGGAAAGGCAGCUGACGGCUUCUUGGGAGAAAAACGUGCUUGUCCUCCGGCAUCAGGUUUCCUGCAGCUGCUCUGAAGGGGAGACAAGUGAGCUGCAAAACUGUCUCCCCCAUAAAACCAGGCAUCUUGUUGGAGAAGAGAUGUUCCAUGUCACUGUGGAAUCUGGGACAUGUGCAGAGCUCAUGCCCACACGUGAUGGUCCUGCCAUUCUGCCGUUGGGAUAAGUUCUGCAAGGGAACUUGUGAACAUGAAAAUUCACUUUGGAACAUUAUCAGAGAGACUGAGGCCAAGAAAUGGUGCAUGCUCCAAAGGAACCAUGAGGAGCUACUUUUAGGAUAUUCAGCUUUGCACAUAAAAUGAGGCAUCUCUGAGAAAAGCGAUCCCCAGAGAAGCACUGAGGACUGGGGGUGGUGGGAGCAUCAACGGAGCUCCAUGAGCAUGGGCAGAGAGAUGGCUAAAUGAACUUACUUCUUUUGAAGAUGCAAGGGGAAAAACCUGUGCUAGACCAAAAAUCAGGUAAAGUUUUAGUUUGGAUUUAGGGUUUGGACCACCUAUUUUUAAGAACUAAUGUUUCUUAUGUUUCAACGCAAUUAAAUUCUAACAUACCAAGUAGCAAAACCAUAGUAUGAAUGCCUAAGUCAGACUAAGUUGAGAUGUCCCAACUGCGUGGUUUUGCCUUAUUAGUUUCUCUUCUUCUCCUCCUCCUACUUCUUCUUAUUUUUCUUUUUCUCCUCCUCCUCCUCCUCCUCCUCCUACUACUUCUUCUUCUUCUUCUUCACCCUUUCCAUCUCUUGCUGGGAAUGAGAACAGUUGCUUUGCAGAUUAAGGCAAAACAUCUGUUUUAAGCAGGGCUGCAUUCAUUGUCCCAGAUAAUGGAAAUGGUAAGAUAGAAUUCAGAUAAAAGUUCUGCUGAAUCACAGGCUUUCAGAAAUUGGGGCUAUAAGACUUAGACUAUAGGGAUGGUCUCCAUGAGAAGCCGUGAUCUGGAGACUAAGAGGCUUGUUUGACUAAGUUAGCUGGUGUCCUCUGGGCAGGAGAGCAGGGGUAGAUGCAAGGAACCAGGUAAGCAAGUCUUGAAGGUAGUUGAAGGUAGGGAGCUAGUUGUUGAUCUUAACUCACCAGUGCCCUGCAGAAAGGACUUCGCAUCGGAUAUAGUCAGCUUUGCAGAGGGGGAGGGAUCAGGGAGCUGGAAGCUCAGGUAAAGGUGAGCUCUUCUCCCAGAGGUUGGCUCCAAGCAAAAAGAACCACCUAGGCAGACCCAGGCCAGACACCCAGGAAGGGCAGUGUCCUACAGACGGCCAAAUCCUGGGCCUUUGAGGCACACUGGUCUCCAGAAAGAAUCAGAAGUCACUCAGGUCCAGGCCUAGGUGUUCAUGUUGCGUGACCAGCCAGGUAAUAGCAUUUUGAACCAAAAAUGAGAUGGGACCUUAAAGUCAUGAGACAGGUUUUGGUUGACACAUUAGUAAUAACUGAAGACAGUCCCAGAGCACAAGUUCGAAAAGUGUCUUUAACAGCAAUGACAUUGGAAUCCAUGUGUAGUAAUUUAAGUUCAUGUAUGUUGGCACAUCAGAGUUCAGUCUUGCUACUUCAUAGCUACAAAUGUCUUCUUUUUUUUUAACCAACGCCUCAUCUCAGAGUCCCUGACUUAAGCACAAAUAAACAGGAAGACAGUCCCUCCAAAAAUGUGGAGUUAGAUGAUUUUCAGAAUUGAGCAUUUUUUAAAAAAUUUCUUUUCAGCGUAACAGUAUUCAUUGUUUUUGCACCACACCCAGUGCUCCAUGCAAUCUGUGCCCUCUCUAAUACCCACCACCUGGUUCCCCCAACCUCCCACCCCCCACCCCGAGCAUCUUUUUUUUUUUUUUUUUUUUUUAAAGAUUUUAUUUAUUUGACAGAGAUCACAAGUAGGCAGAGAGGCAGGCAGAGAGAGAGGAAGGGAAGCAGGCUCCCCGCUGAGCAGAGAGCCCGAUGCAGGGCUCAAUCCCAGGACCCUGAGAUCGUGACCUGAGCCGAAGGCAGAGGCUUUAACCCACUGAGCCACCCAGGUGCCCCCCGAGCAUCUUUUAAAAGAAACAAAAGCUAUUUUAUUCCUGGAGAAGAAAUGAUAUACGCUCCUCUUAAAGAAAACCCUACGAUCCCCAGUAGCCUCAGCACAAAGUUGGCUCUUUUAGGGGAGAAUUAUUCUUUGUGUCCUUAUUGGAGAGAUGUAGGUGGACAAUACCCAUGUGAGGGUUAUUAGCCUUUUCUGUUGUUUGCGAAGACUGUUGCUCUUAUGUAGUGGAUGUCUUCAGGGGGUGCCCCUGCAGCAGGCUAGGAGUACUGAUAAACAAGGUGCAGUGAUAAGUGCAAUGAGCUCCUCCUCAGUGUCAGAGAGACCAUAGGGCAUGGUGAGGACUAUGCCAAACAGAAGUGUUUCCUGCAGGAGGCACUUCCCACCUGCAGGAAGGCAGCUCUUCUAGGCAGUUGUGGCCAUGUAGUGUUUACUGAUUUUUCCAUUUGUCAAGAGAGGCUGAGAAUAUGGAUUUCUUCUUCUUUUUUUUUUUUUUUUUUAAGUAGUCUCCAUGCCCAAUGUGGAGCCCAGCGAGGGGCUUGAACUCAUGACCCUGAGAUCAAGACCUGAGCUGAUAUCAAGAGUCCGAUGCUCAAUGCAAUGGAGCCAACCAGGCACCCUGACAGUCUGGGUUUUAUAUGAAAAAUUAUGAUUUUUUAAAUGGUAUUGGCAACUAAAUAAAUCUUUUUUUUUUUUUCUUUUUCAAUUCAAGCUCAAAAGAACACAUGAGUGGGCCUGAUUUGGCCUACUAGCUGCCAGUUUGCCCCUUUGCCUCAUAGGAUUUGAAAUGAAAAGCAUUCAUGGUAAUUACAGAUGUCUGAUAUCACCAGAAAAUGCUCUUGCUAAAUGCAGCUGAUGGCUAGACCAUUUUCCCCCACCUUGCUCCCCCAAAGAAGUUUGAUAUGAUUGUGAAUAUAUUUGCGAUGUUUUGAUUAUUUCUUUGUUUUGUGGUGCCUUAAGUGAAAGGCAAACCAGUUACUAAUUUCAAAAUCAGAUUUAUAAAGGGGUGCCUGGCUGGCUCAGUUGGUACAGCAGACAACUCUUGAUCUUGAGGUUGUAAGUUCAAGCCCCACGUUGGGUGUAGAGGGUUACUUUAAAAAAAUCUUAAAAAAACAAACAAAAAAAUCAGAUUUAUGUUCUCCAAUUUAAAAAACCUAACACUUGGAGCAAUUUUCAUUUGAAUUCCACAACCUAAAGGACAUAUUUAUAGUUUUUGUUCUUGGCUUAAUAAUUUUUUAAACGGUGUGCCAUUCUGAGCUUUGGCCAAGAGUUAAAGAGAAAAGCAGACAUUGUAGGGGGUGGGGCAAGGAACCCCCACGUGUCCACCAGAGCCAGGCCAUUGGCAUUGUCUUCUGUUUGAAACGAUCUGUGAAAUCGACUCUGUUUUGGACAUGUGAAACAGUACACGGAGAAAAGCUUUUCCUGAUACUGAGAGAUCAGUUAGGAGUCCUUAUGGGGUGUUGGGUCAUCCUUUCUAUGUCACCUCCUUUUCCAGGCUCGGGGUGGAAAUAAACAAAAGGAAGUCUGACUGUAAGCCAAUAGCUUGGCUUCCAAUUUCAGAGUUUAGGACCUGGGAGAAAGUUUGGAUUAUCUAGCAUGUCUUCCCCCUGCUGGUGUCAGCGGGAUCUGAGCCUGAAUUAUUUCAGACAUAUGGCUAUGGAUGGGAUGCUGGAUUUUCAGAGAGGGAAAUUCAGUAACCUCCCCCACUGAUCAGAUAGUUCUUUGUCCAUUUUACAGAAAUUCAAACCAGCCUUCUUUUGUUCCGCAUGUCGUGGAAGAAGAACAGCUGGUUACCUUCCGUGUAUUUGAAAACCCCAGUGAAGUCAUCCCCUUGGUGUUUUUAUUUCUGUGGUAAAUAAUCCCACCUGCUUAAACCAUUCUUCAUAGCUCUUGUUUUGCAAGGGCUUGAUCAUUUUCACUGCUGUUCUGUGUCUCGGCUUCAUGCUCAGUUGCGUUGAGCAAACAGAACAUGGUGCCUUACUCACAUUGGUGCCUUGAGAAGGCCAAGGGCAGGAUGGGGAUUACAGGGAAAUCCUCGCGCACCCGGAUUCUCUUACUACUUAAAACUGUAAUGGCACUUUUAAAAAGUGGUAUAUUGCCUGUACUCAUUUUGAUGAUUCCUUGGUUGCCACAUCCACCCUUCCUGCCCGGCAAGAGCCUGUUACAUCCCCCCCACCCUUCUUGUGGUCAGACACUUGGUGCUUAUUCCUGAUGUGUUUAAUGCCAUUCCUGAGCUGCUUCAAGACAAGCUCUCACCUUCUGAGUGGCAGCUCCCCCUCCCUGCAGUUUUAGAUUCUAUUUUCGCAUCUCUCUAGACAUCACCUCUAAUUGAUGACUCACAAUAUUAUUAGAUGGUUUGGACUUCACUUCAACCACUGGCAAGAUGGAGAGCAGUUGCUAAGGGCUGAUUUGCAAAGAGAGUGAGGGAGGAUCUCUUGGGAAUUUUGGCCGGUUGCCUCUCCUCCCAUUCUUUGGUUCCUCCCUGAAAUUCUGCUGGGACCGCAGACAACCCUAGGAGCUUUCCUGGGUUCUGAAGGGCUGGAGCCAUGACUCUGAAAUGACUCAGCACUGUGUUUUGCACAAUCAGAAGUCUGACAAAAGCAAUCUGAUUAUGAUCAUAUCUGAUGUUGAUGCCAAAUAAAAGUUCAGUCGAGAAGAUGCAAAGAAGCAUUGUACACGAUAUGGACAAAGUUGCCUGCUCCAUCUGUUAGACAAAAAAAAUUACCGUCCGGGGCACACUAACGUGUAACUGUUAUUUAAAGGUUUUGGGUUUUUUUCCUCAAGGAAAAAGAAUGGUGAGUCUGGACAGAGCAAAAACUUUUUGUAAAAACCACAUGUGUUCAUUUAGAGAGUAGGUAAUUUCUAUUUUCACUAUUUUUUUUUUUUUUUAAACUACAGAAGCUCCCUGUUACUACGUUCUAGGAGGUAAAGCCUGUGGAACAUGAACAUGGUGGUUCUUGUCAUUGUCUUGGUUUCAUCUUUAAGAUUGUCCUUGGUAGGGUUUGGAGGAAUAGUGAGCACUGACAGACUGUAACAAUGUGCUCUAUUUUUACAUUGAAAACAAUGUCUUCUUUGAUUUGUACAUAACUAUAAAUAGGUGACAGUAGGUCACAGCUGACAUUUGCAAAAUGUUGUUUUUGUACCUUAGCAUUUCUGCACCAAAUAAAAUGUUUUAAGAUUGCA